CAGGCAGUCACGUCAAUUAACUUCGACCUUGGCACAUCGCGACUCGGACAAUCAACGCGUCAGUCAACUUCGACAUAUCGCGAGCAUCUGCCAAAACGCCAUCAACGCCAUCGCCUUUUUCCAUCAUCCGCCAUGAUGUCGGACUCGGGAGAUUCGGACCACAUCGGAUAUUUGGCUGCGCAAUCCAGUGAUGAUGACUCCCAGCUAGAGAGGUCGUCUAAUGACGACGAUGAUGAUGGCGUCGAGGUUGAUGAUGAAGACGAGUUGGACUCGGCCUCCGACGGGCUCUCCGAGUCCAACGGGUUCUUUGACUUGGAGGCUGCGGACUCCGACGAUGACGUGUCAGGCUCUAGCGAGAGCGGCACCGACCGGGACCACGACGAACAGGAGGACCACUUCUUCCCGCAGUUCAAGCGCCUCCCCUUCGAACUCCGCUACUGCAUUUGGGAGUUUUUCUGCCCAGACCUUACUGCGAAGCCACGCGUGUUAUGCUUUCAACUCAACCAGCAUCACCGAAGGGAUGGGUCCAAAUAUUUAGUGCCCGUCGAGGGCCCUUUCCUGGAUCAGCAAACGACGCCAGCCCGCGCCAUGUUGGCUGUCCAUCGCGAGUCCCGCCAACUGAUCGAGAAGGUUUUCCCCGACAGCUUGUCCUUCGGCAGCGAAGCCGUCGUCCGGUUCAAUGCCGAGAGCGACAUUGUUUAUUUGCAGUCCAGGCACUCUUCCAUGGUAUUGGAUCUCGAUGCCAUGCCCCAGCUUCCGGGGUUUGGGGAGCACAUCUAUCACUUGGCCGUCGACCCGGCCAAUUUGUUUGCCAUGGGAAGGCGGGCUCCGGGCCCCUCUAAACCGUUUAAGAACCUGAAGACGGUUUACUAUGUGACCGACUUAGUUAACCAUGAGCGGCGACAUAUAAAAUGGUGUUUCUCUAACUUGUCCAAGCGCUACGUUAUCGAUACGUUUGAGGAACAGCCAGGACUGGGCGAAAAUGCCCAGCACGUGUACUGCUGGCCUGACAUAGGGGACUCUGGCACCGUUGACGAGACAAAAGUCCUCCUCAGGGAAAUGAUACACGAUCUCCUCAAGGCCGGAUACCCCGCGGACACCAAGAGUGCAAAUUUCAACGGUGCACCAGUAUGGCCUUUGAUCACAUUUCUUUGGGCCCCUCGCUUGCCCUUGGCGGAUUUGAAGCCAUGGGACGCUGUCAGAAGCCCGUCGCCGGAAAGCUCUGGUUCCGAGCACAGUGACGAAGAAGAGCCGAACGAGUAUGAAAGCGAAGGAAUAGACGACUCGGACAUCGACGACUACAGUGAGAGCUCGGAUGACGAGCUGCUUGUCGCACCGCCAGUGGACGGUGACGACAGCGACCAAAGCGAGCAAAAUGAGGAUGCUUCAUCAUUCAUGUCAAGUUCGCCGCACCCCGGAGGUUACGUGCAGGAUGGGGCAAUUGACCUGACGGGCGACGAUGACGAGGAUAUGGCUCGAUUUUCCAGCCCCGAACCGUCAUCUGAAACUCUGCGGGGAUCAGACAACUCUGCGCACGAAUCCGACUCGGAUCAGCCAGCUGUCCGCACCUCCAGGCUGAAACGCCCUCGAGCGCGUGUUGUGGAGUCCGAUUCGGAAGACGACUCAGAAGACGCCGGCCCUAGGAAGCGAGCACGCAUCGAUAACCGCCGGAAUCCGAUUGUGCUGUCUAGCGACGACGAAGAAGACGAGAGACGGGUAAUGCGAGCGAAUCGCCGGGCUCGGGCUGUCAUUUCGGAGGAUGAAGAGGACCAGGACGAUGAGGACAACGAGGACGACGAGCAAGGGAACGACAGUAUGGAAGAGGUCCGGAGCAGGGAGAAUGCCCAGUCCGUUAUCUCCAGCUCAGAUGAAGAGGAUGGGGAAUCCGACGGGGGAGCUGCAGUCGGCAGACCACUCUCUCUCGCUGAGAAGUUACAACUGCACCGGGAGAACAACCCCAUUCCCCCGUCUGACGACGAGGAUUCUGAGAUAGAAGAGAUGGGCGGCGACGACUACGAUGCGCGGGAUUAUGCUGAUUUUCAAGACGACGAGGAGGGCGAUGAGAUUGCAGAGGACGGUGACGAGGAUGAUCAGUACGGACUGGUAGAGGAUGAAUUUGACGAGGAGGACGAUGGAUACUAAUAUUUCAGCUGGACCUGGGGCUUGCAUUCGAACACGUAUAGUUCCAUCGCUAGGUAGCACUAAUAUGUACACAAACAGGGAUCUAGAAAGUCCCCGAGAGUUGUAACAGAAAGAAUCGGGUUGAGAUUGGUUGUCUCGAGGUUGUCCAGGUUCCGACCUUGACCUUGCACAUGCACCGAGUUAGUUAUGGAACCCCUGAUGCCAAGACAUCAAGCUGCUUGCCCUGACAGCACUGACGUCAUUGGGGUUUAUUGGGGUUGUGGCAGCUGCAGCUUCCAUCCACGCGGGUUGAAAUAGCCUGAGAUCCCUCCGUCCC